GCAACAUGAUCGUACCAAUGUAGUUUCGGUUUUCACAGAAUAGAUCUGACAUUUCGGCCACAAUUUCUUAUUAUUUGAAAUAUGGCUUCUCUGGAUAAACCUGAUGUUAGUGACGCAUUGAUGAACUUAAUCUACCGGCAUCUGAAGGACAACGGUUACGAGAAAGCAGCCAACGUGCUCAAAAAGCAUAUUCCUAAGGGGGAAGAAGGUGUGGCAAGCACUUCCUUACGUGAUAUUUAUAACAAAUGGACCGCGGGGUCGCAGAGCGGAAGCAAGGCUGCUGAAGUUUCCAGCAGUAUAUCAAGUUCCAGUGACGAUGAGGAGACCCAGAGAUCAGUACCACUGGUAAAAACUUCCAAGACCAACACACCAGCAACUCCAGUCACUAACACAGAUGCGCAAACAGUUCCCUCUACUGCAUCACCAUCCCAUCCCAAAGGAAAGAGAGCCAGUAAGAAAGAUAGCAAGACACCUUCUAAGAAGAACACACAGGGCGCAGGGAAACCAGCAAAACGGAAGCAGAAGUCUGAUGCUCCAGCCCCUAAAGCCAAGCGGAGAAGGAAAGGCUCUGAACCAGAGGCAGCUUCCACAGUUUCCUCCAUUCCCACUGCUUCCACCACAGAUGCAGAUGGGUCGGACUCCGACAGCAGUCUGGAUGUGGAGAAAUGGAAGAAACUUGCCUUGGAACUGACGGAUGCUGAUAUUGCAAGGAUGGAAGCGAUCACCUCGGUAAACUCCAAGAGUCCAUCAAAUGGCAGAAAGACGCCCAGAAAGAAACCAGCAGCAAAGAUCUCAAAAACUACUGCCUUGGUGAAGAAGUCCCCUUCAAAACCCAGAGGUGCCCAGAAGAACUCCGCGUCAAAAGCAGUUAAAUCAAAGACAGUCAAGAGCCCAUCUGAUGACAAGAAGACAAAAAAUGUUCAAGAGGCCAGUAAGACAAAAACAAGUAAAACUAAGAAGGAUCCAUCAAAGUCUGCAAAGGUCAAGACUACUAAAGCCAUAUCGCAUAACGGUACUUCAGAAGCUAAGAUCACAGACACUGCCUCAGCUGACCAGAAUGGCAAGACCCCAAAAAAAUCACUGAAAGAAAAGAAUCUCAAGACCUCCUCUAAAGAAACAACAGCUACCAAUUCUUGUGACGUAGAAAAUGCAGUGACUGCCUUAGCUGAUCAAAGCACAAAGACAAAACCUCGUAAACAGAAGACUCCCAAGACCCCUUCUAAAGACAGUUCAACUACAACCUCAUUACCAGACAAGGCAUCUCCUUCUACCACAGAAACUGUAAAAACAAAUUCAAACAGCAACACAAUCAAUACAUCAGUUGAAAGUAGUACAACACCCUCAAAGGCUAAGAAACACAAGACACCCAACGCCUCUUCUAAAGAUAGUGCAGCAACUAAUUCAACAGAAGUUGAAAACACAGAGAAGACUUCAAAAGCUGGCAAACACAAGACUCCCAAGACCCCCUCAAAAGACAGUAAAGGCACAACCCCUCCAGAAGAUGGUACAGUGACAAAUUCUACUGUUGACAGCAAGACAGCACCUGUCUCAGUUGAGCAAAAUGGCAGUUCAUUUUCAACACCAGCUAAGACCUCCAAAAAAAGUAAAACUAAGAUUGCAGUUACAGAUAGUAAGAGCUCAGAUUCUACAGAAGGUCACAAUGCAGAUGCCCUUUUAAAGGAAAACAAAGAAACAGUCACACCAGCUGAAGAGAGUGCUAAUACCAGCAACACAAAACAUAAAAAGUCAAAGACUCAUAAGACCUCUUCUAAAGACAGUUCAACUAAAGAUUCCUUAGAAGUUCAAAAUACUGAGAUCCAACCGAAAGGCAAUGAACAUGUCAGUGCCCCCCAAGAAGACAGUGAGCCUCCAUCCUCUGAUCCUCCUGUGGAGAAGAAGAAGCACAAGAAAAGGAAAAAGGAGGAAGAGGUAGUUGUCGAGGAGCCUACAUCUCAAGAGGUCCCCUCAGAACCAAAGAAAAAGAAGAAGAAAAAGAAGACUAAGGAUGAAGCGGAAGAGAGGAGUGAAGAGCAAAGCCAACAGAGUGUUGCAGAAACAGAGCCACAACCUGCACUGGAGUCGCUGGUCACCGUGACAACUUUGGAACCCACAAUUGACAAAAAGAAAAAGAAAAAAAAGGACAAAGACAAGGAAAGAGAAAAGGAGGAAGUGACCUCAGUACCGUCGACCCCAUCAGCUCCACCUGAGGAGGAGUCCGUUCCUAAAAAGAAGAAAAAAAAGAAACUGCUGAGUAACCAGCCUCUCACAGAUCUACCUGAGCAGCCCUGAGCACCAGAUAGGUACCCCAGAGGAGAGGAGGACGGUGUCCUGCUGAGGCUGCCCCUUACUGAAGGCCAUCCGCUUUGGAGGGCGCCUCUUUGGAGGCCUUGGGGCUGUGAAGAAGCCUCAAGAUGCCCACCCGUCCACACAGACUGUCUUUUAAAAACAAAAGCAAAGGGACUCCCUUCGAAGAGAGAAGCAAAGAAGAAAGGAAGACAUGCUGUCUUUAUAGUUUUUUAUCAAACCCUUUUUAUAUAUUUUAAAUAUGUAGUUUUGUAAAUCCAGUUUUAUGUCUUUUAUUUUUGUGGCACCAAUUAAGGAUCAUGUGCAAUCAGGGAAAUACACCUGAAGUGUGACUUGGUGGUGAGAGCUGGAAAAGACAACUGACAGUCUAGCGCAGAUUAGACCAGAUCAGAAUAGUUUACAUCAGCCAUGCUAUAUAUCACAUUCUAGUAAUGGUCAGCGAAAUGCACAUACAUUGUGUCAGAAGGCAAUAGUUUUGAAGAUAACAGGACAGUAGAAAGAAAACAAAGUUGUGAAAUGUAUAUGUCAAACUUGUUACUUUGUGAAAAAGAGUGCCUGCUUGUUAGAUAAAUGCCAUUGUAUAAAAUCAAAUUAGUUUAAAAAAAAAAUAUUUUUACAUGUCAUGUUGCCGGUAGUUUUUUAAGGUUUU